UCUCAACCACACAAUAGAUGAUAGAGAUGGCCAUGGCUUGUCCUCGAUUACUCUUCUCUUUUGCAAUAUUUGUGUUGGCAACUCAAGUCCUGGCAGAUCAUGAUGAUCAUUAUGUUUAUGCAUCACCACCACCACCGAGCUAUAAUUACAAGUCACCACCGCCACCAGUCAAAUCACCUCCACCGUAUUAUUAUAAGUCACCUCCACCACCGGUAAAAUCACCACCGCCACCAUAUUAUUACAAAUCUCCCCCACCGCCAACUAAAUCACCACCACCUUCCUACUACUACAAGUCACCACCCCCACCAACAAAAUCGCCUCCUCCCCAUCCAUACUACUACAAGUCGCCGCCGCCGCCGUCUAGGACACCACCACCUCCAUAUAUUUACAAAUCACCACCACCACCACCACCAUCUCCUCGUACUCCCUAUAUCUACAAAUCCCCUCCACCACCAUCACCAUUGGCUCCUCCUCCACCGUACAUCUAUAAAUCCCCACCGCCACCUUCACUUUCACCGCCUCCUCCUUAUGUUUCCAAGUCAUCUCCACCACCAUCUCCAUCACCACCGCCUCCUUACAUCUACAAGUCGCCACCACCACCUUCACCCUCACCUCCCCCACCAUAUGUAUACAAAUCUCCUCCCCCACCAUCACCAUCACCUCCUCCACCGUAUAUUUACAAAUCGCCACCGCCACCUUCACCUUCACCACCUCCUCCUUAUGUUUACAAGUCACCUCCACCACCGUCACCGUCACCGCCUCCACCAUACAUUUACGAGUCGCCACCACCACCUUCACCCUCACCUCCCCCACCUUAUGUAUACAAAUCUCCUCCUCCACCAUCUCCAUCACCUCCUCCUCCUUACAUGUAUAAGUCGCCACCACCACCUUCACCCUCCCAUCCACCACCUUAUGUAUACAAAUCUCCUCCCCCACCAUCACCAUCGCCUCCUCCUCCAUACAUUUACAAAUCCCCACCGCCACCUUCACCUUCACCGCCUCCUCCUUUUGUUUACAAGUCACCUCCCCCACCGUCUCCUUCACCGCCUCCACCUUACAUUUACAAGUCGCCACCGCCACAUUCACCCUCCCCUCCCCCACCUUAUGUUUACAAGUCACCUCCACCACCAUCACCUUCACCGCCUCCUCCUUACAUCUACAAGUCUCCACCACCGCCUUCACCCUCACCUCCCCCACCUUAUGUAUACAAAUCUCCUCCUCCACCAUCACCAUCGCCUCCUCCUCCAUACAUCUAUAAAUCCCCACCACCACCUUCACCCUCCCCUCCACCACCUUAUGUAUACAAAUCUCCUCCCCCACCGUCACCAUCGCCUCCUCCUCCAUACAUUUACAAAUCCCCACCGCCACCUUCACCUUCACCACCUCCUCCUUAUGUUUACAAGUCACCUCCCCCACCGUCACCAUCACCGCCUCCACCUUACAUUUACAAGUCGCCACCACCACCUUCACCCUCACCUCCCCCGCCUUAUGUUUACAAGUCACUUCCACCACCAUCACCUUCACCGCCUCCUCCUUACAUCUACAAGUCUCCACCACCGCCUUCACCCUCACGUCCCCCACCUUAUGUAUACAAAUCUCCUCCUCCACCAUCAUCAUCACCUCCUCCUCCAUACAUUUAUAAAUCCCCACCACCACCUUCACCCUCACCUCCCCCGCCUUAUGUAUACAAAUCUCCUCCCCCACCAUCACCGUCACCUCCUUCUCCGUACAUCUAUAAAUCCCCACCACCACCUUCACCCUCCCCACCACCACCUAGUGUAUACAAAUCUCCUCCCCCACCAUCACCAUCGCCUCCUCCUCCAUACACUUACAAAUCGCCACCGCCACCUUCACCCUCACCUCCCCCACCUUAUGUUUACAACUCACCUCCGCCACCGUCGUCAUCACCGCCUCCUCCUUACAUCUACAAGUCACCGCCACCACCUUUACCCUCGCCUCCCCCGCCUUAUGUAUACAAAUCUCCUCCCCCACCAUCACCAUCGCCUCCUCCUCCGUACAUUUACAAAUCCCCGCCGCCACCUUCACCUUCACCACCUCCUCCUUACAUCUACAAGUCUCCACCAUACUACGUAUAAGAAAGAUAUCAAGCAUAAUUUCAAUUAACUAGCUAAGUUGUUUAAACAUUCUUAUACACCCUCCUUGUGAAUUUCAAUGUUUAUGGGUACCUCAUUUUCUUUUUCAUUUGUUGCAAACAUUUAUUACUUUGUGUCAUAAUUUACAUCUCAAAAAUAUUAUUCAAUACUUUAGUUAUGUAUAUUGGGUUUGUUUAUUUAUCUUGUUGAUGUGUUUAUGCUUUUGGUAUGUAAUUUAUAUAUCAAGUGUUGGAGUCAUGCAUU